AAAAAGCAUGCAGAGAAACAAGCAGGUGUCCAUGGGCCGUAAGAAGUUCAACAUGGACCCCAAGAAGGGGAUCCGGUUUUUGAUUGACAGCGGUCUGCUGAAGAACACCAGCGAUGACAUCGCUCAGUUCCUCUAUAAAGGGGAGGGGCUUAACAAGACCGCCAUCGGAGACUAUCUGGGGGAGAGAAAUGACUUCAAUCUUGAGGUUCUACAUGCCUUCGUGGAGCUGCAUGAAUUCACAGACCUCAACCUGGUCCAGGCCCUCAGGCAGUUCCUUUGGAGUUUCCGGUUGCCAGGCGAAGCUCAGAAGAUCGACAGGAUGAUGGAGGCGUUUGCCCAGAGAUACUGUCACUGUAACCCUGGGGUCUUCCAGCACAGCGAUACGUGUUAUGUGUUGUCGUUUGCUGUGAUCAUGCUGAACACCAGUCUCCAUAACCCCAAUGUGAAGGACAAACCCUCCCACCAGAGAUUCAGCGCCAUGAACAGAGGAAUUAACGAUGGAGGUGACCUGCCUGAGGACCUACUCAGGAACCUGUAUGAAGGUAUAAAGAACGAGCCCUUUAAAAUUCCAGAGGAUGAUGGGAAUGACCUCACACACACUUUCUUCAACCCUGACCGGGAGGGCUGGCUGCUCAAACGAGGAGGGCGUGUGAAGACGUGGAAGAGACGAUGGUUCAUCCUCACAGACAACUGCCUGUACUACUUUGAGUACACUACUGAUAAGGAGCCUAGGGGUAUCAUCCCUCUGGAGAAUCUGAGUAUUAGAGAGGUGGACGACUCCAAGAAACCAAACUGUUUUGAGCUGUUCAUCCCGGACCACAGGGAUCAGGUGAUCAAGGCAUGUAAGACCGAGGCGGACGGACGUGUUGUUGAGGGCAACCACACUUUCUAUCGAAUCUCCGCCCCCACAGCCGAGGAAAAGGAGGAGUGGAUCACCAGCAUAAAAAAAGCCAUCAGCAGGGACCCCUUCUAUGAGAUGCUGGCAGCACGGAAGAAGAAGGUGUCUGCCCUGACAAGUCUGUAG